CAGACUCAAAGUAAUUGCGCAACUUUUGAGCUCAAGAUGCCAUUUUACCAGUUCAAUCAGUUCACUGGUCGAUUGAAAAAUUCAACAAAUCUCCAGCCACUCUAUCCAAUUUCUCCGAAUCCUCUGCAAACAGCUGAUCAGCCAACUAUGAUCUGGGACAGUGUCAAAACACAGGCCGCCAAGGUCAACAGCCCAGCUGCAGGGUCAGGAGGCAAUGUCAGUUCUUUACCUCCUCAGGUGGUGGCAAAAAUGAAGAAAUUCCAGACGUUAGGUUGGAGGGGGACUCCAGUCUACCUCAUGGGAGGAAGCCCCGAUAAAAUUCUGCUCGGCCUCACCAUAGCAGUCAUGGGCUGGGGAUUCGUUGGAGUCGGUGACUUCGUCUGGCGCAACCUGGACAAAAAAUAAAUUAAUAAUUUUGAAAUCCAUUGGUAGAACUGUAACAUACACUGGAAAAUUAGAAAUAUCAGAUUCAUUCGCAAAAAGAAAUAAACAAAUUCUGUACAA